UCUUUGUCCACCAUAGCAAAGGGAGGUUGCCUCCCACUCUCUCUCUCUCUCUCUCUUUCAACCAUUGUUCUCUCGUUGGGGCAACAUGGCGUUGCUCUGAGUUGUUAUCACGUUUCUUGAUACUUAGAAGAAGAAAAGGAAGUCUGGAAGUGGAGAAGAAAAAGGAGAGGAGGAGGUGAGGUGGGUCCUUUACCAAAGAGUUGUCUUUGUCUUUGAGCUUUUUGUUUUUCAAUGAAAUGCUGUUAUUUGUCUAAAGAUCUUCAGUUUGUAGUUCAUUUGUGAUCUGCCCAGUUCCUGGUAUGAUGUUUAUCUGAAAAAAGUUUGGAUUUUUAGCAAUUUUCUUUCAUAAAGUUGAAAUCUUUGCUGAGAUUUAUGUUCUGUGGUAGUGGAAUUGCUUUGUGUAGUAUGUGCUGUUUCUGAAUUAGGGUUUGUGAUCUCUGUGUGACAUGUGGAAUUAGGGUUUUCUGUUACUUGACAAAGGUUGAAGGUUUUGACAGUUAGGUGAUGUGUUUUUAGAGAUUGAUUUGUAGUAUAGAAAGAAGAAACUGAAAAAAGUUGGUAGUUUUGGUCUCAAUGGCUUCUUCUCCAUCUUCAUCCAUUGCUUCACCUCCACCACAAUCAAUCAUCACUCUAUCACCACCUUUGUCUCAACCUGAUGCCAACUCCAAUCCCCCCACAUCUCCUGCAUCACCUGUUUCUAGUAAUUCGCCACCUCCGGCAUCAUCUCCACCACCACCUCCUCUUCUAUCUUCACCAGCUGGCUCCCCUCCACCUAUAAUUUCACCACCACCACCUUCCAUUGCUUCUCCACCUCCAGUUUCUGCUCCUCCACCUCCGUCAAUACCGCCACCAACACCUGCAUUGUCCCCUCCACCACCUUCGGCCGUCCCUCCAUCAACAUCCCCUCCUCCACCUUCAGCCAUUCCUCCAUCAGCAUCCCCUCCGCCACCUUCGGCCAUUCCUCCAUCGACAUCCCCUCCGCCACCUUCACUACCAUCCUCACCUCCUCCACCUGUUGCCUCUCCACCUGCUGUUGUUACUCCACCAUCCCCAAUUAAGGCUCAAUCACCACCCCCGCCAUCAGCUUUGCCACCCACAUCUUCAUCCCCACCUCCACCUUCGAAUCCAGCAACACCACCAACUACUAAACCAGAAACCCCCAAAGGUUCCCCCCCUGCCUCUCCUCCGGGCAAUUCUUCUAGUAGUUCAACUCCAUUAACCCCAAAUGUACCUCCUCCUGCUCCUGGUGCUAGUCUUCCACAGUUGUCCCCUCCUGCUCCAUCUGGUGAUCCUUCUACUCCAACUAGCCCUGGUGGCAAUAAAUCUAUCACCCCUGGUCCAAAUGGCACUGUUAGAACAGGAGGUGGUGGGGUAAAAAGCGGAGCAGCUAUAACAAUUUCUGUUGUGGCUGCACUUUUAGUGCUUAGUUGCAUUGGAGCAGCUAUUUGGUUCGUGCGGAAGCGGAGAAGGUCUGCUGGUCGAUAUAAUGGGGGAUAUGUUAUGCCUUCACCAUUUGCAUCUUCGCAAGUCUCAGAAGCAUCUCGUCCCAGGUCACCAAGUUUUCCUCUUGUUCAUAAUAGCAGUGACGGUCAUGGUUUUGCAUACUCACCACCAGAACCGGGACUUGGGCAUUCAAAAUCAUUGUUUGCAUAUGAAGAGCUAUACGCCAUUACGGGUGGCUUCUCAAACCAGAACCUGCUGGGUGAAGGCGGAUUCGGCUGUGUAUACAAAGGAUGUUUACCAGAUGGACGGGAAGUAGCUGUGAAACAACUCAAAGUUGGUGGUUCGCAGGGGGAGCGUGAGUUUAAAGCAGAAGUUGAAAUCAUUGGCCGUGUGCAUCAUCGGCAUUUGGUUUCUCUUGUAGGUUACUGUAUAGCAGAAAGUCAGAGAUUGCUCGUCUAUGAUUAUGUUCCCAACAACACCCUUCACUACCAUCUCCAUGGGGAAGGAAGACCAGUGUUGGAUUGGGAGAUAAGGGUCAAGGUUGCCGCUGGUGCUGCUCGGGGAAUAGCAUAUCUGCAUGAGGAUUGUCAUCCUCGUAUAAUUCAUAGAGAUAUCAAGUCCUCAAAUAUUCUAUUGGACAACAACUUCGAAGCUCAGGUAUCUGAUUUUGGGCUUGCAAGGUUAGCUCUGGAUACAAACACACAUGUUACUACUCGUGUCAUGGGAACGUUCGGUUACUUGGCUCCGGAGUAUGCCUCGAGUGGCAAGUUGACCAAUAAAUCCGAUGUCUAUUCCUUUGGUGUUGUGCUUUUAGAGCUUAUUACAGGACGAAAACCGGUUGAUGCAUCACAGCCUCUUGGAGAUGAGAGCCUUGUUGAAUGGGCUCGGCCUUUACUGUCUCGUGCUCUUGAUACCGGAGAGUUUCAAGAUCUACCUGAUCCUAGGCUUGACAACAACUACAAUGAAAGCGAGAUGUUUCGAAUGAUUGAAGCUGCGGCAGCUUGUACCCGUCAUUCUGCAGGAAUGAGGCCGCAGAUGGGACAGGUGAUGAGGGCUCUUGAUAAUUUGGGGGAAGCAAAUCUAAACAACGGUGUCAUACCGGGUCAGAGUGGAAUGUUCGAUUCAGGCUUGCACUCAGCCGAUAUUAGGAUGUUUCAGAGGAUGGCAUUUGGUGGCCAAGAAUACAGCAGUGACUUCAGUAGAACUAGUUGGAAUAGUCACAGAGAAUCAUCGAUAGGAUCCAACCAUCGUUAGUUCAUCCAGUUUUGUUUAUUUCCACACUUAUCUGUGUAUGGAGUUGAUUUCCUCUUCAAUUGUUUCAGAUUUGAUUUUGCCAUUCUAAUUGAAAUAUCUGACACUUGUAACUAGAUUUCUUUUCCUGUAUAUUCUUUGGAACAGUAGUUCACAUACAGUAAUAUAUAUUUGUUUUUG